UGAAAGGCGCCUCAAUCUCACCAGGUUUCCUCACUUCCUGGGGCGGCACCUUCACCUCCCUACCCAUACCCCCGGGUGGUCUUUCCCUGCUCGCUCCAGAACCAGGAUGGCGGUGGAGAUCUGAGCGAGGUUUAGGGCUAAAGGACGGUCAGCAAGGGGUUAAUCCCGGGCCUGGCGCCUAAAGAAUAGAGUUAUCCUCCGCGGGAAGGGGGCUGUGCCUGACGCCCCAGGACAAAGAAGGCGGCGCGGCGCUGCGCGCUCCCCGCCCUGGCAACGCCCGCCGUCGGGCUCCGCCCCGCGCAGCCCUGAGGCUGAGCCACUGUCUGGAGGCGCACCCCGGCCACUGAGGGUGGAGGCCGCAGGAGUGAGAGCGGAAGCCACCAGGAGGAGCCUGACCAUUCUGCCUUUUGUGGCCAUAAUGCUGACAGCCCGCCUCUCCAGACCCCUGUCACAGCUCCCAAGGAAAACCCUGAAUUUCUCUGAUAGAGAAAAUGGAACAAGAGGCUCGCUGCAGUUUUACUCUGCCCCCUUCGUCCCUGUUGGCCAUCGGACUUACGCUGCUUCAGUGAACCCGGUUGGCAGCAAAGCUGUCCUGAUCACGGGCUGUGACUCGGGAUUCGGGUUCUCCUUGGCCAAGCAUCUGCAUUCAGAAGGCUUCCUUGUGUUUGCUGGCUGCUUGAUGAAGGACAAAGGGAGUGAUGGGGUCAAAGAGCUGGACAGCAUGAAAAGUGAUCGCUUAAGAACUGUCCAGCUCAACGUCUGCAAAAGCGAAGAGGUGGAUAAAGCGGCGGAGGUCAUCCGCUCGAGCCUGGAGGACCCUGAGAAAGGCUUGUGGGGCCUGGUUAACAAUGCGGGCAUCUCGACGUUUGGAGACGUGGAGUUCACCAGCAUGGAGACCUACAAGGAGGUGGCGGAAGUGAACCUCUGGGGCACCGUUCGGGUGACGAAAGCCUUUCUCCCCCUUAUCCGGAGGGCAAAAGGCCGCGUUGUUAACAUCAGCAGCAUGAUGGGCCGCAUGGCCAACGUGGCCCGUUCCCCAUACUGCAUCACCAAGUUCGGGGUGGAGGCUUUCUCUGACUGCCUGCGCUAUGAGAUGCACCCGCUGGGAGUGAAGGUCAGCGUGGUGGAACCCGGCAACUUCAUCGCCGCCACCAGCCUCUAUGGCGGCACUGAGCGCAUCCAGGCCAUCGCCAACAAGAUGUGGGAGGAGCUGCCCGAGGUGGUGCGCCAGGACUACGGCAGGAAGUACUUUGAUGAGAAGGUCGCCAGGAUGGAGAGCUACUGCACCAGCGGCUCCACAGACACCUCUCCCGUCAUCAAGGCUGUGACCCACGCCCUGACCGCCGCCACUCCCUACACUCGCUACCACCCCAUGGACUACUACUGGUGGCUGCGGAUGCAGAUCAUGACCCACUUCCCCGGAGCCAUCUCCGACAGGAUCUAUAUUCACUGACAAGUUUCGCGCUGGCCUCUGCUGGGGAGCCCUGGGUGUGGGGGAAGAGGAUGGAGGGAGGGAGGGGGAGGGGCUUGUGCCAUCACCUCCUGGUGUCUCACUGGUGGAUUAGCCCCAUCCCAGGAGGACCCACCACCAGUCUGAGCAUUAACUAGAGCAGGUAGCCCAGCCCAAUUUGCAUACCCAGUGAAUGGCUCAGGCCUUCUCAGUUGGGGUGCAGAAUGGUGGGCAGGGCCCCCAAACCUCAGGAUAAACAUAGUGCCUCUGUCUUUCUGGAGUUGAUUUUAUACAAAGAUUUUAGGUAGAUAUCUUUAUGUUAACAACAGAUUUAUUAUCAAAUAGAAUACAAAUCCUUUAUAUUUUAAAGCCAAACACGAGUUGAAAAAAAUAUAUCUCAUUUGAGCCUUAAACCAGCCUCCUAAGUUAAAAGGACGUUUUUUUUUUUUUCUUUUGUACAUGAAGCAUUUUUGGCCCAAAGAAGAUACGUGAAUUGCCCUUUUAUUGCUUAUAAGUCAAUUUUGCUUAUAUUGAUUUCUAUAAAAUAUAAAGGUCCAAGUUCCUGCCA